CUGAAUUCGGCUAAUGAAUCAAUAAACAGUAGUACGAGAGGGAGGAGGCGGCGAUGUCGGCAACGGUCUCCAUCGUCGUUGUCGGUCUAUCACGCCUGCUGCCCCCUCCUAAUGCUGGUGCUUCAGUGAUGAUCAUAGCGUAUUGCGCAGAUCAUGCCUGUCUUCUGUCUGCAGCAGCUGUCCUGUAGCUUCACUUUGUGUGAUCCGGGGUUUUGUGGCUCUGUUGCUCCGGUGCCAUUCUCUCUCUGGGUGGGCCAUGGAGGCUGUACGCUCUUCCUGCAGCUGGGUCGCUGACAAUGCCUCCCACGUCUCCAUCGACCCUGCUGGGAUUGAAAAGCUUGUGGACCACAUUGGCGGGAAAUUGCCUCCAAUAAAGUGGGACUUUGAGGGCAUUCACUAUUUUGAUAAUGGACCCCUCACUGCUCAGUAUAUGUUGGUGUUGGACGCUCUCAACUUCUGCUUCUGGCCUGAUGACGACUUGCAGUAUGAUCACUUAGCAGCUGGGCUUGCCGAUGCAUUGAAGGCAGAUCCUACAGUUUUCGAUGCGCAUCGCUUGAAGAAAAUUACAGGUGCUGCGCUGAGGGAUUUGCUUCAAUGGCCUCGUCCACUUCCGUUGGAGGAUGAACGGGUUCGUCUGCUCCACGAGGUUGGUACGGAAUUGGAACGAAGCUUCCAUGGUAAAGCUGUUAAUUUAGUCACUGCUGCCAAUGGAUCUGCAGUUGCCCUCGUUGAUUUAGUUACGAAACAUUUUCCAGGUUUUCGGGACCAUUCUGUGUACAAAGGGCACCAAGUCUUCCUCUAUAAAAGGGCUCAAAUAUUCGUGGCCGAUUUGUGGGGCGCCUUCAAAGGAAAAGGAAUUGGGGAAUUCAGGGACAUAUCAAGCAUCACAAUGUUUGCGGAUUACGUAGUCCCAGCAGUGCUUAGACACUGGGGCAUUCUAACAUGCAGCCAAGCACUAGUAAAAAUGGUGGACAGCUUACAAGAGCUUCCCUCUGGUUCAGAAGAGGAGGUGGAGCUUCGCGCCUGCACCAUUACUGCAGUGGAAAGGCUGCGGGAAUAUCUAGCAGCUCGAACUGGAACGGAGGUUCUCAGCGUGCAAGUGGACUGGUGGCUAUGGUCCUCUGGAUUGCCAAGUGCUGUAGAGAAAGUGCCUCCUUAUCAUAGAACACAAACCAUCUAUUACUGAACUUGUAGUAAGAGGGACCAGAAUGUUCCGCAGAAAUCAUGUUACUCUUUCAGUGGGUACAUGAGAAAACGACGGACAGGAGAUCGAACCAAAAUUUCUUCUGCUCGGGUUGACCAGUCUCUGGGAAACUCCAAUUUUGACACCGAUCUAUUUUAGCGUGAACUAAAUCAAGCAGGACAACGACAUAUGUACUCUCUAUUCCUUGUUGGUUUGUUCAUGACACCUAUGUGAUAUUGCACAA